AAGCAAAGAAUGGAACGGCUGGUUUGAAUAAUGGACUAGACUUGGUGAGAGUGUGUAAGGGAAUGUCUUUAGUUGUGAUCUGUUCAUGUGUAACGUAACAUCAGUGGCUUCAUCCCGAUCUGUAUAUGGCUCCAUAUAUAUAAAUCUUAACUCAUGGAGUAAUACAGUACCAAUAUGGCUCUUAUUCUACAUCUUAAAUAUGCGGAGAAUCUUCGAGGAAGGGAAAGCAGAUUAUGUAAAGUUUCUUUUCGAGGUGUUGCACAUUACACAAAGAUUGUUGAGAAUAGUGAUGAAACCGCUUUAUUUGAUGAGGUAUUUGAGUGGCCAGUGGCAAGACCUGUGGAGCCAGAAGAGAUUAUUGAUAUACAAGUUUAUAAUUAUAACAGAUACCUUGCAAACAGGUUAAUUGGAACAUUUCGUAUGAUCCUGCAGGAAUUGAUCGAAGUUGGCAGCGUUAAAAUAUCAGAUUCUCUUCUCGAUGGAAAUAAUGUUGUAAUGAAAACAACAGUAACUUUUGAACUAACAUACAAUGCUCCAGAUGGCAGUGUGGGACACUGGCAGAAAGGAGGCUUUGAAAAACUCACAAGCGAUGAUUUACGACGCCCUCUAUCUGAAGAUGAAAGAAACCAACUCAGUCUUGAUAGAUCCAGUGCCCUUGGAGAUUCUGAAUCGGUUUUAUCAGAAACAUCCAAAUCUCAGUCGAGAUUAAGUAUAAAUUCUCGAUCAUCUGGUGGUCGUUCUCCUAUCUCCAGUAGUAAAUCACCUCUUGGGGCAAAGAAACUGACAUCUGUUGUCAAGAAGGUUAUGCAGAAAGAAAUUGUUGAAGAGUUACUGGACCAGGAAGACACAGAUUCCAACCUACUUGAUGCAAGAGCUGCAGAAGUAGCAUCUAUGUUGGCAGCUACAGCAGCAAAAACAAUUGAAGAAGACCAGGCUAGUGAUAGUCAGAUGACAAGUUCACCAUUAAUGUCCAAUAGAAGAAAAAAGCAAAAGGUUGCCAUGGAUUCACUUUCUUUAAACAAAUCACAAGAUUUUCAGGUGUGUGUAACAAUUAUAGAAGCUCGACAAUUGGCAGGUCUAAACAUGGACCCUGUUGUUUGUGUUCAAGUUGGAGACACAAAAAAAUACACAAGCGUUAAAGAAUCUACAAAUUGUCCUUAUUACAACGAGUAUUUUGUAUUUGAUUUUCAUCUUCCUGCUGUUAUGUUAUUUGAUAAAAUAAUUACAUUAACGGCUUGUCAAUCUGGUCGCCUCCUUCGAUCGAAUAAAGCAUUAGGGAGCUACAAACUCGAUGUAUCUACGGUGUAUGCUCAAACAGAUCACCAAUUUUAUCAUAAAUGGGCAAUGUUGACAGAUCCGGAUGAUAUAGGUGGAGGAGUUAAGGGGUAUCUAAAAUGUGAUAUUUCAGUCAUUGGAAAGGGUGAUUCUGUGAAGGUUCCUCCAAAAACAGAUAAAGAUGAAGAUGAUAUUGAAGGGAAUUUGUUAUUACCGGAAGGUGUACCAGCAGAUCGUCAGAGAGCCAGAUUCUCAGUUAAAAUAUAUAAAGCUGAAGGUCUACCUAAAAUGAAUGCUGGAUUAGUAGCAAAUGUUAAAAAGGCAUUUACUGGUGAAAGCAAUGAUUUAGUGGAUCCAUAUGUUGAAGUUGCUUUUGCUGGACAAAAGGGCCGAACAUCGGUAAAACGUGGAUCGUAUGAACCAGUGUGGAAUGAACAAAUAGUUUUCACAGAAAUGUUUCCACCAUUAUGUAGACGGUUUAGAAUUCAAAUCAGAGACAAAGAUAGUGUUAAUGAUCACAUCAUCGGUACCCAUUUUAUAGAUCUGUCUCAAAUUUCAAAUGAAGGAGAAAAGGGUUUUUUACCAACAUUUGGUCCUUGUUGGAUUAAUUUGUAUGGUUCAACAAGGUAUUAUCAGUUUCUUGAUGAACAUACUCACCUUAAUGAUGGUCUAGGAGAGGGCGUGUCGUAUAGAGGCAGGAUGCAAAUAGCCAUUAAGACAGAGAUAUUGGAUAGUUCCGACACCGGGCCAGUUACUGUGGAUGUUGAAUCAACAUUACCUGUUGGCGAUAAUGCUGCAGGUCGACCUGAAGAAUACUUCUUAUUUGGAUGUUUGAUGGAAGCAACAAUGAUUGACAAGAAAAUGGCAGAUAAGUCAGUGCAUUUUGAAAUAAGUAUAGGAAAUGCUGGAAAUGUAUUGGACGGUUAUAAUUCACCAACAAAAGAUUCAAAAGAUUCAAGCAGCGAUGAUGAGGCUGGGUCUCAAUCAGAAACAGAAGAAAUGGCAGAGCCAGGAAUGACUUUCAGUGCCAAUAUUCCAAAAUGGAUGAGUACAACAGCAGCAGCAAAACCUGUGACGAUGGACAAGAUUUAUUAUCACAUGCCCUAUUAUGCUGACAAACCUUGUGUCUAUGUCAAAGAGCUGUUUGAAGACCACAGAAGAAGAUUAUAUAAUUCAAAUAUUAUUGAAAAAAUAAUUGAAAAACUGGAUGAUGGAAUCAGUGAGGUACAAGAUAUGUUACGGCAGGAAAUCCCCUUCCCAGAGAGACGAUUACGGGGAGUAUUUGAAGAACUGGGACAUGGAUGUUCUCGGUUUGUGUCUCUUGUUAAAGGAAGUGGUGGAGGUGCUGCAGCUGGAAAAACUAAACUUGAUAAAGAAAGACAUAAAAUACUUGUCAGACAGAUGGAUCAGUUAUCAACUUUAGCUCGAACAGUAAAAGCCACCAUAACUAAAAAUAACCUAAAAGAAAAACUCCGAUCAGGCAAUAACUGCUUAAGCAAGCUACGUAAACUACAAAAUGAGCCCCAGCCAUCAUUACCAGAUGUAUAUAUUUGGAUGAUCGUAGCAAAGAAGAGAAUCGCGUAUCAACGAUUGUCAGCUAAAGAUAUUAUAUAUUCUGUUGUGGAAGAAGAAAAAGGAAAAGACUGUGGUAAAGUAGUCACCCUUCUACUCAAGUUACCGGGAAAGAAAGCUGAUGGUGAAUCUGGCUGGACAAUACAGGCUAAACUUCAACUUUAUAUUUGGUUAGGUUUGUUAAAGCAUAAAAAAGACUAUUUAAAGGGCUUACCAGCAGGUUAUGAAGAGACAAAGGCAUUAAAACAUUCAACUAAAACACAAGCUGUACCACCACCAUUUAUAUAUUACUCUGAAAAGCAGACUUUUCAGUUAAGAGCUCACAUGUAUCAAGGUAGACAAUUAAUAGGCUCCGAUGCUUCUGGACUUUCAGAUCCUUUUGCACGGAUCGCUUUUGGUGCUCAGAGUAUCAGCACUCAGGUUAUAGAAGAGACAUUAAGUCCGACUUGGGAUGAGUUUUUGAUAUUAAAUGAAGUAGAUGUAUAUGGUUUAAUAGAAGAUAUCGUAAAUAAUCCACCAACUAUAAUAGUAGAAAUCUUCGAUCAAGAUAAUGUUGGAAAGUCAGAGUUUAUUGGUCGCUGUUUAUGCAAACCUGUAGUCAAGCAAUGCAUUGAAAAGUAUGAACCUCCAAAAUUUCCACCACGUUUGGAAUGGUGGGAUAUAGCACGGGGAUCAGAUAGAGCAGGCGAAUUACUGGCAGCAUUUGAACUUUUACAGCUGGCUCCAUUUGGAGAUCGAAGUGGAGCGGAGCUUCCGCCAAUGGAAUUACCAGAUUUAGAAAAAGAUCGUGGACCAAUCAUGCCAGUACCUAAAGGAAUUCGACCCAUACUUAGUACACACAGAGUAGAGGUUUUAUUUUGGGGAGUGCGAGAUUUAAAAAGAGUACAGCUACAGAGUGUUGAUCAUCCCCGUAUAGAUAUAGAAUGUGCCGGUCAUGUUCUACAAUCUGCUGUCAUAUUAAACUGUAAAAAAAAUCCCAACUUCAGUAUUCCUGUUAAAUUCUUUGAUGUGGAAUUGCCAGAGAAUGAACAUUAUUGUCCACCAAUAACAAUACGAUGUGUGGAUUGUCGUAGUUUUGGCCGAUAUGUUCUAGUAGGAACACAUGUCAUUAGCAACAUUCACAAGUUCAUGUUUAUACCAACAACUAAAAAAGCUAAAGCUGCAUUAACACGACUUUUUCCAGGUAAUGCAGCCAAUAAACUUAUGCAGGUAGCCGACCAGGCUCAAUUGUCCAAAAAAUCAGAAGAUGUAGCAAUAACAAUGAAUGAAAACCUUCCGUUAAUAAACAAAGAACAGUAUAUAACUGUUGACACAGGCGGCUUCGCUUUACAUUAUCAGAUUGAUAAGAAAGAAGGAAAAGUUGCAGAGAAGUCCAAAAAGAAGAAGAAGAAGGAUGCAGAUGAUGAUGCACCAGAUCUACAGAGUAUGGAUUGGUGGAGCAAAUAUUUCGCCUCCGUUGAAACCAUGAUUCGAAAUUUUUCCUUAGAAAAUAAGGAAGGUGUGAAUGCUCAGAAUUCUCCCAGUGUAGCUACCCCAGUUGCCAGAGAAAAACUUAUAGAUCAGAUGACUCUUUCUCCAGAAGAAAUCUAUCUUCGAGAACAUGAGAAGGAUAAUGAAGGUUUCCAAGACGAUUAUGAUAUUGACAAGUCCCAGACUAAAGUUCAGACUAAACAGUCAAGUUCAGUUUAUGGGGCUAUUCCUAAUGGAAAUAACACUACUAAUGAUGAUGAUGAAUUAAACACGAAAGAAGCCAAGAAAAUGGAAAAAGAAUUGAAAAAAUUGGAAAAGAAAGAGCAGGAUGAGAAGAAGACAAUGAAAGGGACAGCUAAGGCUGUAAGUUUAGCCAAACAACUCUCCCCAAAAUCACAACGAAAGAAGGAGAAAGUACUCACUAAUACAGCACAGUUGAAGGUUUAUCCAAAUGAAUUGGAAAAUCAACCAGAAUUUGAAGGUUUUAAAGAUUGGUUGCAUACGUUUGAAUUGUAUCGUGGUAAAAAGUCAAGUAUGGAUGAAUCAGAUGAUAGCCGAAUAGUAGGAAAGUUUAAGGGUUCAUUAAAGAUUUAUAAGAUCCCUCUACCCCCAGACCUAGAGGAUACUACAGUGACAGGUGGGGAUCCACAAUAUGGUUUAUUUCAAGGAUUACCAAGUAACGAUCCUAUAAAAGUUCUAGUCAGAGUCUAUGUCGUAAAGGCUAACGACCUUCACCCAGCAGAUAUAAAUGGAAAAGCUGAUCCAUAUCUAGUGAUCCGUCUUGGUAAUACAACUGUUAACGAUAAAGAAAAUUACAUCUCUAAACAACUUAAUCCAGUCUUUGGAAAAUGUUUCGAAAUAGAAGCAACAUUUCCAAUGGAGUCUUUAUUAACUAUACAGAUAUAUGACUGGGAUUUGGUGGGGAUGGAUGAUUUAAUCGGAGAAACAAAACUCGAUCUGGAGAAUCGAUAUUACAGUCGACAUCGGGCUACUUGUGGGUUGUCACAAAAGUAUGAAAUACAUGGAUAUAAUGCUUGGAGGGAUCCAUUAAAGCCAGGUCAUAUUUUAGCCAAACUUUGUAAAGACAGUAAAGUUGAUGGACCAUACUAUCAACCUGGAAAAGUCCGAGUUGGGAACAGAAUAUUUACUGCAUCAACAGAACUAGAAGAUGAAAAUGGUAUUAAAAAAUCUACAGAUGAACAUUUGUCCCUAGCAGCAUUGAACCAUUGGGAAGAAAUCCCGAAAGUAGGAUGUAAACUUGUUCCCGAACAUGUCGAGACGCGACCACUUUAUCACCCGGAAAAAGUUGGUAUUGAACAGGGUAAAGUUGAAUUAUGGGUAGAUAUGUUCCCAAUGGAUAUGCCCGCUCCAGUUCCACCUGUAGAUAUAUCACCACGAAAACCAAAGAGUUAUGAGUUGCGAUGUAUUAUAUGGAAUACUGAUGAUGUAGUUUUAGAAGAUGAUGCGUUUUUCUCAGGAGAGAAGAUGAGUGAUAUUUAUGUUAAAGGGUGGAUCAAGGGUCCUGAAGAUAUGCAGAGCACUGAUAUACAUUAUAGAUCAUUGACAGGAGAGGGUAAUUUCAACUGGAGAUUUAUUUUCCCAUUUGAUUACUUGGUAGCAGAAGAGAAAAUUGUAAUUUCAAGGAAAGAAACAUUAUUUUCAUGGGAUGAAACAGAGUCAAAAAUACCAGCCCGUCUUAAUCUGCAGGUCUGGGAUGCUGAUCACUUCUCAGCAGAUGACUUUCUUGGUUCAUUAACAUUAGAUUUGAAUCGUUUCCCUAGAGGAGCCAAAUCAUCCAAACUUUGUACAUUAGAUAUGUUAAAAACAGAUGGCUCAGUACCUCAGAUGUCACUUUUUAAACAUAAGCGAGUGAAGGGGUGGUGGCCAUUUGCAGUCAAAAAUCAGGAGACCAAUGAUGAACUAGAAUUAACUGGAAAAGUGGAAGCAGAGUUACAAUUAAUUUCAGCUGAAGAAGCGGAGAAACACCCUGCUGGUCAAGGUCGCAAUGAACCAGAUCCUCUGGACAAACCAAAUCGACCAGAUUCAUCGUUUAUGUGGUUCAUGAACCCAUGGAAGUCUAUUCGAUAUAUUCUCUGGCAUAAUUAUAAAUGGGUGAUUUUGAAAUUAUUGAUAGUUCUGUUGUUAACAGCAGUGAUUCUACUGUUCUUUUACUCAAUGCCAGGCUAUACAGUGAAAAAACUGUUUGGAGCCUAGAUUCUAUGGACUAUUAGAAUAAAUAGGAUAUGUAAACAAGCUUAAUGUACUCACUAGACAAGCAUACUCAAUUUAAAAAUACAGUGCCAUAUAUUUUUUUUCAGUUAAGUUCAAGUUGGUUUGACAAUUAGUCUUUUGACAAAAGAUCAGGUUGGUUUGACAAUUAGUCUUUUGACUAUGAUUGAAGAUGUUCUGACUACAAAUCUUUCAGCUAGAGAUUUUUGUCAGUUAUUUUUUGUCCAAAAGUACAAUAGUCAAUUUUCAACAAGAUCCUUUGUUGGGAUCUCUUUUACCAACACAAUUAAUGUAUGGCUCUGGUCAUAAAUUUCUACAUUCCAUUAUUAGAUAAUUUUUAACAUAAAUAUUUUUAAUGAUUUAAUCUUUAGCAUGUUCAUUUUCAAUAUUCAAAAUUAUCUUAAACCAGUCAUUUGCUCAAAACAAUUGAAUGUUUACUUAUUUAUUUAUUAAGGUUGUAUUAGUACAUGGAUUUUAUAGAAUUUAAUGUUUAAGUUGGGGCUGGUGCAAAUUAUGUUUAUAUAUAUAAAAAAUUUAGCAUUACAUUAAAUUAGCAAUAUAUCUAAAUGAAUAAUCUUAAUUUGUUUUGUACAGAGCUCAAUCAAUUCUUUUUGUAGAAUCAUUUCCAAAGUACUUAACAUUAUACUUUCAAUGUAAAUAGGCUGAUUAUUUCUGAUGUAAAUCUAAUCAUAUGAAUAGGCAUAAAAACAUAGCUGAUUCAGAUCCUUAUGGUAACGCUUUUAUUCUUGAUUGCUGACUUAUUGUGAGAAGUGAUAUAUUCUGAAAGCUGGCACACAGAUUCUGUGUUCUCAUAAGUCAACAUUUGAUAAUGAAGCUCUUAGUUUAUUUAAAACAGUCUGACAUUGAAUAAUAUUUCAUGAACUUAACUUUUAAAUAUUUUUUUUUUUUAGUUUUUAGAUGAUUGUAUAAUAGAUAGAUUUUGUAGAAACCACAGUAGAAUUUUUAGAUUUAGAAAAAACUUUUUUUUCGCAAAGUGUAUCUGUGAUAGAAGCGUUUGAUAUAUUUUCAAAUUCCACAAAAAUGCAUUCAAACUAAAUGUAAUUGUUUGGUGUUUGUCAUUGGUCACAUUUUCUAUUAUUUCACACAAUAUGAUGUUUUUGUCAUAUAAGUUACAAAACACUUUACACAUUAUACUAGUAAUAGGUAUUUAUAGGUCUACAAUGAUGUAUUAAUGAUUGAAACCAAAUUUUACAUCAAUAAAAUGAAAAUUGGACCAACUAAGCUUAUACAUUCUAAAUUGAUUGAACAUACUGGGCAGUAGACUAGACAGCAUAUUGGCUUAUGAUAGUGCUAGUACUGGUAACUUAUGAAAUGUGUGUGUACAUAUUGUAAUGGUACCCUGAAAGACAAUGUUGACAAGAAUGUCUAUUGAAUAUUAAGAUUUUUGAUAUUGCCAACCAGAAGAUUUGAAAAAAUUAGAAGAUUUUGUGCGUCAAAUUGAAUAUAUCAAAAAUUUUAACUUGGAAGUCAAGCAUAUUGUACUAAAUGUUAGGAAGAAUAAUUUGAAAGGUUUGAAUUUUUUUGUUAAAGGACAGUAACUUGAUACAAAGUAAAAAAGCCAAUAAUAGAGUAGUUUAUUUAUAAAACAAAAAAGAUUUAUAAAAAUCACAAAGGUAAAGAAACGGAAAAUGCCAUGAGACCUGUGGCAAAUAUUUUCCAUAGUAUUCCAUCUGUGCACACAGAAACCUGAGAUUAUAUUUAUUAAAAAUGUGAUAUCUAUAUAUUUCCACCCACAUAUUUCCACCUACGGAUUUUUAUCUGGCAACUGCAGAAAGACAAAUAGAUGUAAUUUCAAAACCAUGCAAUAAUAUUGAUAAUUUAAAAAGAAAAAAACUUUAAACAUGUUUAUAGAACUUUAUUUUUGACAAAAAGUUUCUUCCAUGGCUGAAAGUGUUAAAGCUGACACAAAAAUAGAAAUAAAAUAAAGAUAUUCUCCUGAAAUGACUUGGUCGAAAUGAACGUAUGUUUGUAUUGACUGGAUUCAAGCUAUUUCUGUCUCUCUAGUACAUUAGUAUUUUUUCUUACAAUUUACUUCAUAAAAAAAUAACUUGCUAGAAUCUAUGUAACACAUUUAACAUUAUUCAUGUAAAUUCUUGCAUGUAUUAAUGUGUUUAUUAAUAACAUUUUCUGAAUCAAUUUUGGUUAAAACAGAUGGAUAAUAACAAAGUUCAAAAUAAAAUCUAUAGUCUUAUGGCAGUAAAUCUGAAGAUUGUUUUAUGUAAUAAUAAUUGUUUAAUAUAUUAAAAAUAUUCUGAUUGGAUAUAAACCAGUGUGAUUAAUACAUGUACACACUUUGAUAUCCAUUGCAGAACAGUGAAUAUUUUUAAGAACACGUUUAUAUAUAAAGAAAAGCUAUUUAGGUUACAAAUGUAGAAAAAUGACUCCUAGCCUAUUAAAAUAUGAUCACUAGCCGUCUAAAGGAAAUAAAUCUGCUUCAUUUAACUCUCUAAUCGUUUUACAAAAUCUUUAGUUGAAUGCUAUACUUCCUGUCCAACUAAAACAGAUAAAUAAAUUAUCCGUCAAAUUGGUCUUUCAUUGAAUAUCAAACUUUGGCAACAAAACAAAAAUAAACAAAGGGAAGAAAAACACAAAUAAAUAACAAAGACAAAUUAUUUAUCUAGUUGCCUCUGUGAAAAUACACAGGAAUAAUUCAUAGAGAUUUUAUAGGAAGAUUAGAUGAAACAAUAUUUGUCUAAAUCAUCUUUGAGGUGAUAAAUAUCUUUAGAGUCCCUGCUUUGAAGAUGCCAAGAUGAGAUAUAUCUUGUGUUCAAACCUAGUUAGUUCUAGAUACAACUUUAUUUUCUAUUUCAAAAGCUAAAUGAUUCCUGUGAUGAGAUAGAAGAAAGCCUUUCUCUUUCGAUCAAAGAUUUUGGUUUCUACUGACCUUUAGAAAAAUAAUAUAUGAUAGCAGCAGUCAUAUUUCUCUCUAUGCGCUUUCAUUGAAUAAAGAUUUUAAUAAGAUUACAGUAAAUUUACAUUUUUUAAAAUUUGUCAUAUUUACAUAUAUUGAUGAAAUUAAAAAUAGUGAAGAUCAGUUUAAAAUUAUGAAUUAAUUAGAACUUAUUUUGUAAGUUUUUACAGAAUAGUGGAAAUUGUUUUUUUUUUAACAUUAUAGAUUUAAGUAUUAAGGUCCAAAAGUAAAGUAUUUGUUAGAACAUUCAUCUGUCAGAAAUUUUGAGUAUUAGAUCCAAAGAUUAAGGCAAUUUGCUUGGAUAUCAGAAUUAAAAUGUUUAACUAUUUGGUCUCAACCCUUGGGAAACUAAAAUGCUAUAAUUUCUGGCCUUUUGUAAGUAAAUUGUGUAAUAGAAUUGUUUGUAUUGAGAGAAUGAGUGGUGAUUAAUAGUUGGUAAGGUGUGAAAUAUGUUGAUGUUAUUUAAAGUGUGAUCUGAGAUUGGUAUCUAUGAUUCUGUUUCUUGUCAGAUUUUAUCAGAUUAACCUGGCUUACUGUAGACAGGUGUUCUUUUUGGCCUGCAAAUUGGAAGGAUUCUUGAAUUUUGGUAUAUACGUUGGUAGUUUUUAGUUCUUUCUUUCUUGAUAUUUAUUGUAGCUUUUAAAUCAUCCCUAUACAUUAAUGUAAGCCUACUAACAGUUAAACUUGAAAUAUUUCCAGAACUAAAUUUACAUCUUAUGUUAAGUAAUACUUUAAAGUUUGGGCCAUGGUCUAUCGACAUUAAAACAAUGAGUUUUAGUCUUAAGAAAAUGUUUAAUGUCAUUUAAUAAAGAACAGGUCCGUUUUAAGGAAAAGCAAAGUUAUUUCCAAGUGUAAUAUAUAGACUAUUACAAAAAAAUAUAUGUGUGAAUGAACAAAGAAUGUAUAUAUAUUCUAUUCCAGUGUUAUAUAAUUGUUUUUGUUGAUAUUGUUACAGGUAUCUAUCUAACUUAAAUAAAAGAUGGUACAUUUCUGACAAUAAUGCAUCUAGCAGUUGAUAUUGUGACUGUGAUGGUCUAGUGCAACCAAAUUCAGAAUGGCAGCACGAGACAGAUUAUCAGUGUACCAUUCGGGUUGAAUGACAUUAAGACAGAUCUGUAUUUAAAUUAGAUCGAUAUUAUUGGAUGUGGAUCUAACAUCCAAGAUUGUACACCUUUAUUGCUCACUGUGUUUUAGCACAUCAUUUAUUGUACAGAUUUUAUGAUUAUUAUUGCAAUGUUAUUGUUGUUUUUUUUUUGUUGGUGCCAAUAAUUUAUUGUUAAAGUUUCUCUUUCUGCAUAAUAAAAUAUGUAUAUAUAA